AUGAAAAAAGCUGUCCGUGUCGUAAAGGAAUACGCUCGACCAUUCAUCUUUGGAAUGGUCCACGUUCCUGCAUUACCUGGGACACCUCUGAAUAAAAUGUCAAUGCCAGAAAUACUUCAAAUUGUCCGAAAAGAGACGGAAAUAUACGCUAAUGCUGCAGUGGACGGAAUAAUAGUUGAAAACAUGCACGACAUUCCAUACGUGAAGCCACCUAUUGGUCCAGAGAUCACAUCUGCGAUGUCACUUGCCUGCCGGACGGUUACUGAAACAUUGGGCAAGAAACGAGAGCAAAUGCUUCUUGGAGUGCAAAUUUUAGCCGGAGCAAAUAAGGAAGCACUCGCUGUGGCGCACUGUAACGGUUAG